AUGGCUGAGGGGAGUGAGCUGAUGGACAGGCUGCUGAGCGAGAAUGCCGACCUGAAGAGGCAGGUGCGGCUGCUGAAGGAGAACCAGAUGCUAAAGCGCCUGCUGAGCGAGAGCUGCCCCGAUGGCAGCCACGGGGCCCGCGACAGCCUGUUGGCCAAGGCGCCCGUCCACACCGAGGGCUGCUCCCUGGGCACCGCAGUUCCAGCGUUUGGAAGGUUCACCGGCAUCCCUGACGUGCCCCUCCAGCUGCAGACGUCCUCCCUGGAGGACCUGCUGUGCUCACAGGCCCCCCUCUCCAGCGACGCCUCCUCCCCCGGCUGUGUGACCUCCUCCCAGGUGCCCUUCAAGGCUUUCCUCAGCCCCGCGGAGCCCCGUGCACCUCAGAGCCCUGACCGGAAGCUGUCCCCACUGCUGAGCCCUUUGCAGGACCCGCUGGUGGACAAGAGCCUGCUGGAGCCCAGGGAGAUGGUCCGGCCCAAGAAGGUGUGCUUCUCGGCAAGCAGCCUGCCCUUGGGCGACAGGACCAGGAGGAGUUACUACCUUAACGAUAUCCAGAGCGUCACCAGCGCAGAGAAGGACGGGCGCGUAGUUGGGGAGAUCGCCUUCCAGCUGGACAGGCAUAUCCUGGCCUAUGUCUUUCCCGGGGUGACCCGGCUGUAUGGCUUCACCGUGUCCAACGUCCCUGAGAAGAUCAAGCAGAGUGCCACCCAGAGUGUCAUGAGCGAGGUCACACAGAUGGCCACCAGGCGGCUGUGGGCCACGCUGGGAUUGGAGUUGUGCUGA